AUGAAAGCUGGAUCCAUAGUCGCAUAUCCUCUUGCAAGCGUCUGUCUGUUCCUCGCUUGCUCCGCAGAGUCCCGCCCCUUCGACAGCAUCCGCAAGUCGUUCGAGAUACUCAGCGCCCAGAUCCCACUGCGCGACCUCAUCAUGCCUCCCGCAGGCGAAGUGUCGACCGGUGUCAUCAUAUCCGAUGUUAUAGGCAAGACGCAGAACAUAGCCAUCUUCAGUGGCCUCACGCGGGACAUAGACGAUGUCGCUGGCCGUCUCGACAACGCAGCACAGAACGCCACAGUACUCGCGCCAGACAACAGCGUAAUGCGCAGCUUGCAGCGAAAGCCGUGGGAAGAUCCAGAAGACUACGAUACCUUUGGAGCCAACGCAUACGAAGGCAGUUCAGGACAAGACCGCGCGCGCAAGAACCUCGAGCGCUUCGUGCAAAGACAUGUCGUUCCGGAAAGUCCCUGGGAAGAGGGCAAGAAGAUCAAGACGCUGGCUGGCAACGAAAUAUGGUGGGAAAGCAAGGACGGCCAAAAGAAGGUAAGCCUAUGCUAUCUCGCUUCUGCACCCACGGGUAGUCCGCCGAGACCCACCCGCGAACACAUUUUUCUGUCUCCACCAUUCCUCAAACGCAAGAUUUCGACCAAAAUUGUUCUUGGAAUGGGAUUAUCUAUGAUCUAUAAUGAGAGACUUCCAUCAAAUCCUCAUUGGUGA